AUGGAAUCGUCCUUCGAUCCCGUCAAAGACGACAGGACCGUCAUGACCGGCGCCGGUGAACGCCGGAGCACGGAGGAUGCGCCGAACCCGCUGACGUACCCCAAGGCCGCCGAGCCCUUCAGCCAGGAGCUCUUCAAGAGCCCGACGUCGGAGUACCGGGGAUGCCCGUUGUGGGCAUGGAAUACGAAGCUGGACAAGGAAAAGCUCCUCCGGCAGAUCGACCACCUGAAAGACAUGGGUAUGGGCGGCUUCCACAUGCACGUCCGGACCGGGUUGGAUACCGACUACAUGGGCCCCGAGUUCAUGGAUCGUGUGCGAGACUGUGUCGAAUAUGCCGAGAGCAAGGGGAUGCUCGCCUGCCUAUAUGAUGAUGACCGCUGGCCCUCGGGGGUUGCUGGCGGCAAGGUUGUGAAGGAAUAUCCCGAACACAAGGCCAAGCAUCUCAUGUUCACGCCACGACCAUACGGCAGUGUUGAACUUGGAGGCGAUUGCUCCCCCAGCACAGCACGAGCAUGCCGGAGUGAGCAGGGAUAUCUGCUCGCCCGGUUCUCCGUCACCCUCGAUGAGAAUGGCCGUCUCAAGUCGAGCAAGAAGCUCCAGGGAGGCGAAGACGCGGAGCCCGGCGGCCGAGUGUGGUAUUGCUACGUCGAGAUCAACCCGCCCUCGGCCUGGUUCAACGGCCAGACCUACGUCGACACGAUGAGCACCGAAGCCAUCAACCGCUUCAUAGAGAGCACUCACGAGGUCUACAAGGACAAGAUCGGCGACAAGUUCGGCACCGUGGUGCCCUGCAUCUUCACCGAUGAGCCCCAGGUCGCCAACAAGACCCAACUCUCCAGCCCGACCAGCGUCGAAGACGUCUUCCUCCCGUGGACGGGGGAUCUCCCCGAGACCUUCCGGAACGCCUUCGGCGACGACGCCGAUCUCAUCAGCAGCAUCCCCGAGCUGAUCUGGGACCUGCCGGGAGACACGCCCAGCCUGGCCCGCUACCGGUUCCACGACCACGUCAGCGAGCGCUUUGUCACGUCCUUCCUCGACCUCCUCGCGAGCUGGUGCCGCAAGAACAAGAUCCUCCUCGACGGCCACAUGAUGGAGGAGCCGACGCUGCGGUCCCAGACGACGGCGCACGGCGAGACGAUGCGGUGCUACCGCAACCAGUCGAUGCCCGGCAUGGACCUGCUCAACGACUGGGUCGAGUACAACACGGCCAAGCAGUGCACGAGCGUGGGCCGCCAGAACGGCAUCCGCGGCGCCAUGAGCGAGAUCUACGGCUGCACCCACUGGUACUUCAGCUUCGAGGGCCACAAGGGCUGCGGCGACUGGCACGCCGCCCUCGGCAUCACCUUCCGCGUCCAGCACCUCAGCUGGCUCAGCAUGGCCGGCGAGGGCAAGCGGGACUACCCGGCCAGCAUCAACUACCAGAGCCCGUGGUACCGCGAGUAUGGCUACGUCGAGGACCACUUCGCCCGCGUCGGCGUCGCCAUGACCCGCGGCAGGGCCGUCACCCGCGUCGCCGUCGUCCACCCCAUCGAGAGCUUCUGGCUGUGCUUCGGCCCCAACAACAGCGGCGACGACGAGGGCGGCCGCCGCGACCAGGCCUUUGUCGAGCUGACGGACUGGCUUCUGCACGGCCUGGUGGACUUUGACUUCAUCGCCGAGAGCCUGCUGUCGAACCAGAUCGACAAGACGGUGGAGGUGUCGGCGCCCCUGAAGGUUGGCCACUGCGAGUACGACGUCGUCAUCUUGCCCAACCUCCGGACGAUCCGGUCCUUCACCCUCGACGUCGUCAAGAAGUUUGCCGCGGCAGGGGGUAAAGUCAUCAUCGCCGGGGCGGGGCCGGUGUUGGUCGACGCGCAAUACCCGCCGCCGGAGAUCAACCUCGACAUCGAGCCGUGUACCAAGGUCGACUGGAACAAGGACGCCAUCCUCUCCAUCGUCUCCGAAAGCCGAGAGCUGAAGAUCGAUCUCAAGCAAGGGGGGCCGACCCAGACUCUCUUGUACCAGCUGCGCCAGGAUGGCGAAGAGAGAUUCCUCUUUGUCUGCAACACGGACCGCACUAACCCGUACGAUACGGUGGUCAACAUCAAGGGCGAAUGGGACGUUGAGAUCAUGGACACCUUCACAGGCAACUGCCACCACCACAAGGUCAAGUAUGACGACGGAUGGACAGUCUUCGAGCAUCGGUUCGAGGGCUGCGCCAGCUUGUUGUUGAGACUGCACCCCAUCCUCGCCGAGACCCUGUCCUUCGUCGACGUCGUCGAGGAGGUCGCUUCGGCGCCGUGCCAAAAGCAGUCGGCAGAACUCAAGCUGGAGGAGGUCGUCCUCUCCGAGCCCAACGUCCUGAUGCUCGACUACGCGCUCUACAGGAUCGACGACGACCCGUGGGAAGACGCGUCGCGGCAGGAGAUCCUCAGGAUCGACAACGAGAUCCGCGGCCGUCUGCGUCUGCCCCCCAAGGGCUCGGCAUGGAGGCAGCCCUGGACCGUUCCGCAGUCGGAGCGGGCCGCCAAGGUCUACGUCGACCUGCGCUUCGAGUUCGAGUCCCAGAUCGUCGUCAAGACGCCCGCCUACCUCGCCAUGGAGAACCCGGAGAACGCGAGCAUCUCCAUCAACGGCCACAAGCUGCCGCUCGACGCCGAGGUGCUGUCCUGGUGGGUCGACGAGGACAUUAAGACAGUCCCCGUGCCGAAGCGGGCGAUCCGCAGGGGCAAGAACGUCAUCGAGCUCAGCAUGCCCUUCGGCGUGCUGACGAACCUCGAGAGGAUCUACGUUCUCGGCAGCUUCAGCGUCGAGCUCAAGGACAACCUGCCCGUCCUGUGCGAGAGGCGCCGGAGCCUGGGAUGGGGCGACGUCGUGCCGCAGGGCCACCCGUUCUACGUCGGUAACGUCACCUACAACUGCAGCUUCUCGCUCCUGUCCCGGUCGGACGUGACGCUGUCGGUCCCGCAGUUCUCCACGCCCGUCGUCAAGGUCCAUUGGGGGGAGAAGGGCCGGAAGAGCGGGCACAUCGCGCUGCAGCCGAGGACGCUGGCCCUCGGGGAGCUCGAGGCCGGGAGGCACGAGGUCGCCAUCACCGCCUUUGGGUACCGGUACAACUCGUUCGGCCACGUCCACCUGGCAGCAGGGUACCCCGGUUGUUCGCCUGACCGGUGGCGAUCUGCGGGUCCGGACUGGAGUGAAGAGUAUCAGUUAAGACCAAACGGUAUCUUGGAGAAGCCUUCCGUUCUUGUGGAGUCAAAAACCGGCGAUGGGAGCGAGGACUGGAUCGUCCUGGCUGAGUAA